AUAAGGAUCCCGCGAGUGUGUUGUCGCUCGAUUAUAUUGGAGCGGCGUGAAGCGUUUCGGCGUCGAAGGUCGUUGCGUACACGCGUGAUCCGACUGACUGUAACUACUGGUUCCGAAGCCGCGCGAAAAGAACGCGCGGGCGUUCGGUCCGCCCGUACGCGUGUGCGUGCGUACGUGCGUGCAUGCGUAAGUGUGCACCGGAUCGUUCACAGAAUCGCAAAUGAGAUCUUUCGCCGAGGUUUUGAUGAACUCGAUUCUCGCGUAACUGAAGCUGCCAAGAGAAAAUCUAAUCAAAUUAAAGGCGCGUUUUCACAGAGCACAAAAAAAAAUAUAUAUAUAUAUAUAUAUCUUUCCCCCCAAAAAAUGAUGAAAUAUACAGAUGGACAUUCUCUCUACGCUCGCGUUCUAAAUUAGAUUUUACAAGACGCAACGUACACGCGGAAGAUCAAGAGCGAUCGGCUUCGUAAAGUGCGAGCGCGUAAGAAAAAAAAAAACUCGAGCUUUGAAGCAAAAACGGAACGUUUGAGAGUGAUACGUGGAGACGAAGAUAUGAAAGCAGUGUGAGGAAUGUAAAAUAUCGCGUGCCGAUAAUAAGAGAUCGCGAGUUCGAGAUCGGCGCAUAAGACCAGCGAAGUCUUUCGGAGCGCUUGUCUCUCGCGAGUGAAGGCCGCGUGAAAUGCGCGUUACUUUGACACCCGGAUUUGCGCGAUUCGACGAAUUCGAGAGCGAGUUUCGACGACGGUUUUUGUCGCAAAACGCAAUCCUGUCGCGACGCAAUUUUGCAACCUCCAUCGAUUCGACGUCCCGAGGAUACGCCCGUGAUUCACAUUGGAACAGAAUUUCCGGGACUAAAAGGGAUUAAAAAUUAGCGAGGAAACAUAUGAAGACGGUCUUUAAUCAGGACUGCGCAAAUUUAGGAAAAACCCACAAUUAACAUGGCGAAUCCCGGUCAUAUCACGCUGAUCCGAAUCGAGGAGCGUGCGUUGCAACGCGUCUCGAUUCCGGACAGUUCAUCCGUGAGCUCUCUGGAGGAGGGUUACGGAUCGGCCGAAGAUAUAUCUACCAGCCCGGAUACGUCGUGUCGCUCGAGCGCGGACGUGGACAAGAGCUUCGAUCUCGAGAAAGACUUUCGCGAGAAAUUGACCAAGUUCAAGGACAUAAUCGAGAAAAUCGAGAAUCUACAUUUCACGCUCGACGAGGACGACGACAACGAGAAGAACGCUAAUGAGAACGUCGAUAGAUCGACGCGUCGCAUCAACAGCGAGAACAAUGUAGAGUAUCGGGACACCUGCAAGUCGCGAGCGAGCAGUCAGUCGGAUAACGAAGACGUAAACAACAACGAGGAUCGUGACAACAUCACGAUCGAGGACAACGAGAACUGCCUACCGCUCAAUAUCCGCGACGUUGAGGAACGACGACGUCUCUCUUUGGACGAUCGUAAUUCCCUGGACGACGAUUCGGAAACCGAGCAGGAGCGACGACAGAAGCACGGGGAUCUGAUUCAACGGGGACCGAUCAAGCCCGACUACCAACCUCUGCGGGCCGGCCAUCCCUAUUCCAUGGUGAGCUGUCUGUCGCGUGCCAACAACAGCGUGGACGUGGUAGCUCACGUGACGGUAGAUUAUGAUAAGACUGCCGAACAGAUUUUGAGGAACAAAGAUUACAGCGAGAAACUCAAUCCCUGCUUGGAUCAACUAUCGAACUCAAACUGCCGAAAUAAUCAGUCGUCGUCGAUCGGAGCGAUAGUCGCAGGUCUAGCGAUGGACCCUGGUUGGACCGGAGAGAAUGAUAUCUUUCACAGCGGAGAUCCCAGCGGUGACACCGCGGCACUUCCCUCCAUAAUCGUCAACGAGCCGGGAGAAGAGUCCUUGAUGGACAUCCUGUCGCGAGACGGCUUUCAAGCGGCGAUACUCUCAGACGCCGGUAGCCACUCGAUCCCAUCGCCGAGGAGCGCGAAAACCUGGUCCGAUUCCCCGGCGAGCAGCUACAACUACGUCGUCUCAAGGUCGAACAGUCGGGCCUCGAGUCGCGCUCAGUCACCCGGUUCGGCGACGAAUUCGGAGUCGCCGCAGAUGCACGUCAACGUCAUCGGCAGCCCGCUCGGUUCACCGCAGGUCGCCUCGACUUAUCGAGCGCCGCAAGCUUUGUUGUCCUCCUCGUCCUCGUCUUCUAAUCAAUCCUACAGCGAUGUGCCCAGCCCAUUGAAUUACCAGACACCCCUGAAUUACCAGCUCGAGGAACAGCUCGGCGAGACGCUGUCCGAUUGGAGGGGCACCUACGAUUCCUCGGGGACCAUCGUCAACAGCAGCGAUACCAUCGAUUGCGCGUUGCUGCAGCUCGUCGAGCAGGUCAUAGAGGAGGACAAGCAACACAAAGAGUCGCUGAACGAGCCGCAGGUAGCCUCGAACGCCCCGUGUUUCUCGUCAAACUAUAACGAUCGGUGCGUUCCCCCGGUACGAGGAACGUUGGAGAACAAUCUGGAGCGAGAGUGUCCCGCGAGCGACGCGCGAAAGAGCGAGAAGCCGAUCUGUUUGAGCGUACUUAACGCGAACCCCAUCAGCAACCUCAUGUCGGUUUACACGAGCAAGCAGAGCACCAGCGGAGGCACGCUCGUGAAUUGCGCGGUUGAUAGCUCCCAAGCGACUCCUAGUCUAGAUCAAAGAUAUUACGAGGCGAGCUUAAAGAACCCUCAGGUCGACGUGUCAAUGUGUCACGAUACCUUGCACAAUAUCGCCUUAAAUAAUAACGAGAGAUCCGUGAAGAUGACCGAGCAAAACGCGUCUCGGAAGAAAUACGCGAUGUUUCGUACCAACGGAGAGAAAAGAUACAACCAGGCAUCAUCGACAUUUGCACCCAAUAAUUAUCAGAUACCACCGAUGGUCUUCUCCUCAUUUGUAUCCAGUCGUCCGCAGAGAAACUCGAAUCGGGGCAUAUUACCGUGGCCUUCGUUAAACUUGCCAUCCGUAAGAGCGAGCGAGAGAUUAAAGGAAGGAUUGCAUCCUAAGGAAGUGGAAAGAGCCAUGAGUAAUCUCUUGAAGAAAUCCGUAGAGGAAUUAGCAGCCGCGGACGAGGACGGCGAUACGGCAUUGAUGUGCCUGGUGGGCAAUCCGGAAGAAUUAACGAGGAAGAAGGCGUAUCUGGCGCCGUUGGUCGAGAGAUUGGGCAACAUGCCGGGCGCCCUAUCGAUGGUGAAUAAUCGCGGCGAGGACGCUUUGUACUUGGCCGCUAUGAAUUGUCCGGAAAUGCCGUACGUCAGCGGAUAUCUGGCCGCCACGAUGUUGCAGAAAGGGCUCGAUAUCAACCAAAGAUUAUAUCUCCUACGUGGUGACACGCUGAUACACUCUAUCGCGGCGCGAGGCGAUUCUCACGGGGAGGUCCUGGCGGAGUUGUUAACGUUGAAGACGCUUGAAGGCAACUCCGUUUUUAAUCUCUCCAACUGCAAUUACGACGGUAAAACAGCUCUUCACGUAGCGGUCGAAUCGCACGAUCCUACCGGACGGGGUAUCAAGUCCUUGGUCACGACGCGUCUGCUGUUGGAAAACGGCGCGGAUCUCAAUAUCAAAGAGCACAAGCGCGGUGACACCGCUUUACACAUGGCGGCCUCGUUGAGUUGCGAUCCCACGCUCGUCAAGGUGCUACUGUGCAAGGCUACUUCAAGGAACGUGAACGAGACCAAUUACAUGUGCAACACGCCGUUGCACAUGAUCGCGGCAGUUUCGAAUGCCGUGACUUUGGAGAAGCAGAAGGAGGUUUGCCGGCUCCUAAUACAAGCCGGUGGUCAGACCAAUAUACAGAAUCAACAGGGAAAGACGCCACUGGCUCUCGUGUCGCCAGAAAGGAAAGAAGCUAUCAAGAAAAUAUUCUACAAGAAAUUAUGAUGAGAAAUCAUGAUUAAUAUAGACACGGGAAUAGAGUUCGACUGGUCGCGGACUCUACACCAAGACUGAUCUCUAGAAGUGUUCGAGGGAGCCAAGGAUUUAAACUCUAUGAAGAUUUUUUGUUCACGUACAUAACGGAUACGUUAUGGAUUCACGACACGUUCAUCGCGAGAAAACCUUCAGGACUGUGAGUCAAACUGUGAGAGAAAGAGUACCGACGAGAUGUAACAUUGUUGAAAUUGUUAUAGCCUAAGUAUUCGAGUUGUGAAUCUGAUAAGGAGCAAUUUAUAAUACGGGUAAUUUUAUAUUCGCGAUGUAUUGAUUUAAACGCAGGCGUGUAUAUCUUCUUCUCUUUUUAUAAAUUUUCUCUCUUUCUUUCUUCUAUUUUCUUCUUUCUUUACUAUUCACAUUGGAACUAAAGUUUCAAUGUAUUGGAUGAUUGCAUAAGUUCGUGCCCGAUUUUCAUAGAUGGCAUUAAGUUAC